AUGGUGUUUUUGGAUCGGAACAAUAUUUCCUAUGUAAGAAAUGUGCUCUCGGCUAACCCAGACCAAACACUCUUCAAAGAGCUAGAAGGUCACCUUGCCAGCUUGCCAGCCACCACCCCUCAUGCUCCUUCAGGGGGGCAGAGGUCCACCCCUACCACCACCACCACUGGUCCUCAAGGUAGCCAGAUCACCUCUCCCAUAAAGCCGGGUAUUCCCCCAGGGUCGUCAUCCCCUAACCUGAGCGGUAGCUUCAAGGGGAAUCUUGCUUCAAUAGUGUCGAGUAGUGUCGCCAAGAGGAUGGGCAAGACAAGUGCGGUCAGUCCGCCUGGUGGUGGUGGUCAAGACGAUGAGAGUCUGGAGAUCAUGGGUCAAGCUGAAUGUGUAGUGGUCACUCAGCCAGAGGAUGUAUUGGUCAUUGGUCUGAGUAAUCAGGUCAAUGAGUGUCCAGGGAUGAUGUCCGAGACAAAGGUUCUUAGUUCGCUACCCCAGAAGGCAAAGAAGACGAAUUCCAUCGACGCCUCUCAGAUCCGGAGCGGUGGUAACCUGGCGUCCAUCAGCGAGAUGCCCGAGAAGCAUCUGAGAUUCUCAGCCGAUGCGUCGGGGAACAGCGAUAACAUGAUGGAGGCCAUGUCUAUAGGUGCAUCCAAUUCAGUCUACUCCAUGGAUCUAGAGGGGGAGAAUGUCAGCAAUCUGAGUGGACGGAACACCCCAAGGUCGGCCAUCAGCAUGGCCAGCAGCACUACGGAACACAACAGACCUGAAAUCAUUGACUCGACCCAGCUCCCAAACAAUACAAACAUCACAGACCAGUUUGGGAAGUUUGACAUCGGCACCAACCUCCAAGAUGUCAAGAAUAUGGUGCCAGAAACUUUCAGCGAGACGUGGAGCACGGACGUGAUCGGCAGCGACACCUCGGAACCUCUCCCCAAUGAUCAUCUCCAGGAGAUAGCCGAGGAGGAGGCCAACCUUCAGGGAGCCACAGCUUCCUUCCUGGACGUCCAUCCACCUCUCAAUGAUCCCCAGGAGACGGGCAGCGAGACCUGGAGCGUUGACGUCCUGCAGAGCGACUCGGAGCAAGUUGAAGAUCGACUUCAAGAGGUGGAAGAUGGCCAGUUGGACUUGGCGGGUGUGAUGACGGAGCACGAAUCAGAGCAGCUCCUGGCUAAGGUUGGCACUGAGGCUGGUUCCAGGAGGAGCUCAUCAGGAGAAAGCCAUAGCGUCGGCAGGAGCUCCAGUAAUGACAGCCCUAGCGUGGAGGAGUGUGCCAAGAAAGGGGCAAACCUAUCACUGGAGUCAACUAGUUCUAAGCUGGCUAAUCUGUUUCCAUCCGAUGACAUCACCUCAGGUCAUCCACAGCGUCCUAGAGAUCCUGCCAUGUAUGACCGGUCGGACAAGCCACCGACCAUCCCUGCCCGACCACCUAAAACACUCCCAACGGCCAAUAUAGGAGGGUCUUAUGAUGCCAUCCACACUGCCGGAUAUCCUGUCCAGAGGAAUGGACAUGGCCCAGACCUGACCAAGAGCACAAAGUCCUUGUCUGCUCUGGAUGUGGACAGUGUCCUCCAGGACUUUGACCCUCUCAGCACCCCUUCACCGUCUACCAGCCCCUUUACCAUGUCCAUGAAUGGGAACGUCCCAACGGUGAAGAGAACCAACCUGCCGCAAGGGGCCAAGCCCAAGGUUAGACCAUCGCCUCAACCUGCUCAAGGGAUGCCUGUCGGUGGCGGUGGAGCAAGGUAUAGUGACAAUCUAGGUUCAUUUAAUCCAAUCUACGAGAUGCAUAAUAAAGCAUUCCAGCCUGCUACUGCCAAUCAGGACAAUCUCUUCAAUGUCAACCCUAACAGUCAGUUCACCAUCAUAAAUCAUGGCUUCUCUGAACAGGGUAUGCCUCAAAAUACCCAGAGGGACUCCCACUACCUGUCAGGCUAUGCCAACCCCUUAGCCAGCUUUGACACUCUGCCAUCCUCAGGGUCACACCCCUCUCCCUUUGGACCGCCUUCCCAAGCGCAGUCGACCUCCUUCCCCGUCAGGAACUCCGUAGGAGGGUCAGACAGCGGAGUUACCUCUGGGGAAUCCGCCUCCAACAGUGAUCACUUCUCCAACCGAGCGGACAGUUCCAUCAGUACAGCCAGCAGCGGAAGCAUGUCACUCCUGAUGGUGUCAUCUGAUAGCUUCAAACCUGUGGAAGCCAAUCAGAUGUCCAGUGGUGAAUGGCCUAUCAUGGACAAUCAGGGGAGCACCAACUUCCUUUCGUCGCCCAGCUCAAGCACUGGCGCGAUCGUAGGAAGCUCGGAAGACAGCGAUUCAAAGCUUGGGAGCACGCCCUCGUUUGACAGGUCUAUCAGUAGUGACAGCUAUGAGAUGGAGGGAGGUCCUGACAGUCCAGAUAAAGGCAGAUCGUGGUUCAAGAAGAAAAUCAAGCAAAUCAACAGGUCCAUAGGAUCAGCCCGUGCUAAAUCACAAAAGGACAAGUCCGGCAAUAGCAGAGAAGACACGGCCUGGUCAUCACAGACCACGCAACUGACCGCCAAAGAAGCUAGAGGCUCAUCAGAUAAUCUACAAAUCAUUCCAAACCCUGCUCUUGUACCAGACCUCUUUGAUGCUGAACAAAGCUUGAAGGAUGGAUCAGUACCGGAGACAAGCAGUGAGGAUAUUCUUAAUAAGUACCGUGACCUUGGUAAAGGUCGUUCCACUGACCAUUUAGAGGCCACCGAGGAUAGCAUUACUGAUGGGACAAAUGCAGACUCUUCCACUGAAGACGACUCCGGUAGCCAUGGCGACAAACCCGACUCCAACAGCACCGAACCCAGUAGCUCUGCCGACUCUGAGAACUUGGAAUCCACCUACGCAUUCAACGACGCCAAGCGAAAGCUGCGGAUCGUGCUCCGCUCGGCCGACCUCCACACCUUCUCCUCCCUGUCCAAUCCCAGCGUGCAUUGCAGGACGAGGGGCGGGGUCAUGGGGGACAUGGGAGAUGGGAAGGAGAUGUCCCGUUACCCCGAGAACGAAUUAGUGGCUUUUCUGAAGGUCCAGCUUGCCGAAGCAAUGAAUCUCCAGGAUAAAGCUCUGAUUGCUCAGCUCAGAGAAACGCUCCGAUGUGUGGGCAACUUUGAUAAUGAAGGAUGUCGUAAGUUACUAGCAGUACUGCGUGAGGAAUACGAGGCCAGGUCACCAUAUAUAGCAUACCUGGUGAGGUCUCGGAAAGGCUUAGCUCUCUCCAAGGCUCAUCUUGAGAGACAACUUGAAAGAAUUCAGAGGGACAAGGAGGUGGUGAAUAAGUUCUUUACGAUGGUGUGUGUAAGGUUCUUCUUAGAGAGACAGGAACAGACUAUCAUCAAGUUCAUUACAGACUUCAAGGCUCUUACAGCUGCAGAUGAAAAGACCCACCUGGUUAAGUAUUAUCUUUCUACACUGAAUGGCUGGAUUCAACAAGAUCCAAUAUGGCAAGCUGCCAGUGAGACCCAGAAACAAGAUGCUGAGGUAGCCACCGAGAGAGCCAUCAUGAGCCGGAUCUAUAAGCUCGCCCUCUACCCCAACGGAGACGGCGAUAUCCUCCGAGAUCAGCUCUUCAAUCAACACAUCCAGAGGCUCGGAAGAGUGGUGUCGGGAUCCCACAAGGCCCUGCAGAUCCCGGAGAAGUACAGGAGAGAGUCGCCCUGGCCGGCUGCGCAGGCAGAGAUAUUGAACAUCAAUGCUUAUAAGACUCCCAAGGACAAGGUGCAAUGUGUUCUGAGAUGCUGUACGAUCAUCAUGAACCUGCUCAGCAUGGCGGACGGUGCAGCACCUCCAGGUGCCGAUGACUUUGUCCCAGUCCUCAUGUUUGUUCUGAUCAAAGCCAACCCCCCUAGUUUACUCUCUACCAUCCAGUAUGUCACCAGCUUCUACCUAGAAAGCGACCCCUACAGCGAUAGCGACGGAUCAUCAGGCAGCGGAGAAGAGCGAUACUGGUGGAUGCAGUUCAAUGCGGCCGUAGAGUACCUAAAGACUAUUGAUGAUAGAAAAUAAUAAUUGUACCUUGUAAAAGAAUGGCUUGUUAUCCCAACAGCGAUAGCGACAGAUCAUCGGGCAGCGGAGAAGAGCGCUACUGAUGGAUGCAGAUCUAUGCGGAUGUAGAGUAUCUAGAGACUUAUGAUGAUAGGAGGUAGUGCUUGUAUCCGGAGAAAGACUGAACAAAGAUUGGCUUCUUGAUGAUACUGACAGCAAAAGCAACAGGUCAUGAGGCAACGGAGAAGAGUGCCACUAGUGGAUGCAGUUCAACGUAUCUGAAAACUAUUGAUGAUAGGAAAUAGUGCUUGUACCUCAAGAAAAAAUUUCUUCUUGAUGAUUUGAGAAUAUCCCUUGCUGCUUGGCUUCUGCCUAGAAAACAAUCCAGUCAAUUUCAGUAGAUAUGUCUGGCAUUGGCAGUUUUUAGAGGUAUGCAUCAUCUCAAAGCAAUUACAGAGAGGAACCCUUUUUCAAUGAUGUACUAUAACAGCUGUAUUAUUAUCUUCAGUCACCUUCUACCUUUAUAAGCAGUUGUGUUGGAAGCUUUUCAAUGAAGCUUGCCAGGAUUUGUGUCAUAUAUGUACUGUUUGGGAUUUCUGUCACAAUUGGUUAUCCAUAGUGAAACCACAUUUUUAUUCCAGAAUCUGAAUAAAACCAAUGUUUCAGGAUAAGGGCCUUUGUAUUUAGCUGCCCUAGUACUUAUUUUUUAUUACUAUUGGCCUUGUAAAACUACAGAAUUAUUGCUUUCUUACAACCAAUUUGAAUCAUUAGGGGAAGAUUUCAUGAAGGAGGUUGACUUUGAGGGACAGAAGUUAUAAGCUACUGAAAUCACUGCAUCUGAUUUACCGAGAUCAAAUUUAUAAGUUGAAAUCACAAGGUGUUUUGUGAAACCUGCUCCCAGGCAUGAAUUGAUAUGAUAAUUUUAUGACUGCUAUUUGACUGAAAUCUAAUAACCUGAAAUAAGUAGGUCAUUGAACUCUUAAUAAUUAUAUGUUAACUUACAUUAAUCUGUAAUUCAAAAGCAACUAUGGCCUGCAUAAUAUGCAUGUAAAAGUUUUAUUUCAUAUUGAAAAUGAAACCGAAUUCAUUCAAAGUUUUUUGAUGAUACAGAAGUUUGUUUAUUUUUGGAAUGGAUUUUAUCUUUCAAAAUCUGGAGACUUAUCCACUAAAGCCACAACGCCCCUUAUGAUGUAUUUACAAUUUUUAUGAAGUAUUUAAAUGACUUUAUAUAGCAUUUUGAUUUUUUCACUCUAAAGUAUUAUUGCUUGGUUACUAUUUUCAUCGCAUUUUUAAAACAUGCAUAGUGGAAUACCUGACUACUGGGUAUUAAUUUCAUUCACAGUCAGUAGUCAGUCAAUAGUUUCAGAACUUUAACUCUCUGAUCUCUAUAUUAAGAAAACUGGAUAUCUCUUGGGCACUUUUUUGUGAUGUGACAGACCCACCAUGUUGCUACUCCUACUCAGAAGAGCCACUUCACAUACUUAGUCUGUAUGGCCCGUAUUCUGAAGUCAGGUUUAACUUAGACCAUGGUCUAACUCUGUGCUAAAAUUAUGGGGAGCGAAAAGUUCAAAAAUUAUGUUAAUAUUGUAUAUUUGUUAUGUUUACUAUUUUGUUUCCUUUUGCUUUUAUAAUGAAGAAAAAAACUUAAGUUAUCAUUUCCAGACAAUUAUGAACAAUUUGGGUGUCAUAUGAGUCAAUAAAUUGAAUGUAUACUGUAAGGGAUUUGUGCUCCAAUUGGCUAUCCAUAGCUAAACCACAACUUCAAACCAUGGUUUAAUUUAAACGUGACUUCAGAAUACGGCCUAUUGUGUUUCGGAUUCUACUCCUACAUGUAAACCCCGGUUCAAAUUUGAUUCAAAGUCAGCUGUACACUGUCCAUGUAUGUAUCAUCAGGCCCCGUCUUACAAAGAGUUAUGAUUGAUCCAAUCAAUCGUCACUCUACGGAAAUCCAUCAGUGUCAUAAUUUUUUAUACAGGACAUUUGUAAAAUGUCCUUUGUAUACAAAGAAGAACACACUAAAUUGUCAAGAAAUCAAUGAAUUUAUGGAUAUACAUACAUAUCUAGACAUUUUUUUGAACAAACAUGCACUUUAUAUGUUGACUUUGCUGGCUUUCCAUAGUUGCGAUUGAUCGGAUCAAUCGCAACUCUUUGUAAGAUGGGCACCAGUUUAAAGGGCUGUGGAACAAUAUUUGACUAAUUAUAAAGAUAAGAAAGUAUAAAUGUUCAUGUGAAUGCAGAGAAAGGUUUUCAGCAUAUAGAUGUCUGCCCACAUCGGUGACAUGUAUUGCAUGUAUGAUGUGGACGGGCCAGUGAGAUCUUCAGGGGGUAUUUUCACAAAGAGUUAAGUGCAACUUUAUGCAUUAUAUUAUCACACGCAACUUAAAAUUUUAGAAUUUAAAUCACACUUGACUCUUUAUGAAAAACCACUUUGUAUGCAUUGGCGCUUAAACAGGAGUUUUGGUCAUUUAUAACUGCUUGUGAAAUACCCUGUGUAUGCGUUGGCGCUUAAUAAGCAUGACUUAACAUCAUUCUUAAUUCCUUUUCAAAUGCCUUCUGUACCCUGUCCCGUUGGUACAUAAGCAUGACUUAAGUGAGUCUUUAAGUCUAAUUAUAAUAGCUUUCUUGACAUUCAGGUCAGUUAAUAGUUUACAUACUAAAAAACUUACACAGUUUUGAAGUCUCAGAUUGUAUUUUUACAUAGUCAAGAAUGUGAAAAACAUUCUUUUAAACAAGUUCUUAGUUAUUAGAUAUAUGUUCGUUUUUAAUUACAUAUUUUUUUAUUCAAUCUCAUUGCCUAAAAAUGUUUGAUGUUGAAAUAGGGGUUUAAAUGGCUUUAAAUAUAUUAUACUUUUAGCACAAAGUGUAUCUGCGUUACUGUGCUUAUUUCUUUACUUCUGUCAUCUUUUCGUUAUGAAAACUAAUGCACAAAAUUGAAAUUAUCGGGCUUAAAUGGUAUGAAGAUACUGUAUGUAUGGUGAAAACAUGUACAAAUUGUAAAUGGAAAUCUCUAUGCGUGUGUUUCACAUUUUCCAGCAUUAUCAAUGUUUGAGUGCUAUGUUAUACAUGUAGGUAAACUGUUGUGGUUUUUAUUCUUUUGGUGUAUUUUUCAUGUAAUCUGUAAUACAUCGCUGCUUCACAUUCAGAAUGUGAAUUCUAUUUCAUUUAUUUUUUAUAUUUGCUGUUAUUGGACAAAGUGUAAUUGCAUUUUAAUGAAAACAAUGUGAUGACAAGAAUUUGAGAUAAAAUUUAGAGAUUAAAGUAGUGCAUGAUUUCGUACUACUUUAGGAACACCAGCCUGGUGUUAAUUGAUUUUUUUUAAUUACAUUUUUAUUCUGGUACAAUGUACAAUGCUUCCCCUCACUGGUAAUAGAUUGAUUAGCUCAUAGCCACUUGUUCUACGUCCACUUGGUCUGAAUAAUUCCAAUAUUGUCUAAACAGAAUAUGGUCAAAACAAAGUAAAGGGUAUUAAAUCUCAUUCAAGUAAUCGUGGCACACCAAGAAAACCGCAUUUGAUGAAGAAAUUUGAAAAUACCACGACUAAAAACAUUGAUUACUGCAAAACUGCCGUUUGUAAAAUGCAAAUGUGCUUUACCAGCUUCUCAUAAUUGAUGUACCCUUUCAGACUAAAAUAAUUUUUGAAAUCUCACUCGUCUUUUCAUUGCUAGUCCUUUCAAAUGCACGUUCAUGAAAAUAGUUCAAGAAAUACACUUUAUUCUUCUUUCCACUUCCAAGUGACUUUAAUAAAUAGUUCCUUGCAAAAGCAGUUACAGACACAGUGGCCCGUAUUUUAAUUGUACAUUUGCAAUGUUACAAAAUCUAUGGUUUAUGCAGAUUUCAUGUAUUAUGGCACUUCAAUUGUGCACUUUGCUAAAAGUGCACAUUUGCUCAAAAGUGCACUUUGUAAUUAGACUCCCCUUGGUGUUCGCGAUGAAAUAAGCGAAAUUAUGUACACUACCCUGCAUAAACCAUGGUUUUGUACCGUGGUGCAAUUGAAACAUCUUGUGUGAAUAAGGACCAGAAAGUAUGAGUGUGAAGUUUUUCAUAUCCAUGUUCAUAUGAGUGAACAUCAAACUCGGGAUAAGAGAGAAAGAUUUAAUUUGUUAAUUUGAUUUCUUCUUUAUUUACAUCAGGGGUUUGUUACAUAAAGCUUACCGAUUGAUCAUGGGGCUGACAUAUACGACUGAUUGCAUUGAUCAGUCGUAAAUCAGUAUUUGUAAAUGUCAUGUUACAGUGAUUCAACAUUGGCUGAUUUCUACGAUUGAUUGCAUUGAUCCUUCGUAAAAUCAGUAUCUGUAAUUGUACAACGCCUACUUAGCUUGUUGUACGCGAGCAAAUGGGAGAUUGAAUGUCAAACAUUCGUACCGUUGCACACAAGACAUACCAUCCAAAAUGUACCGUUGCACGGCUUUAGGAGGUAACGUCACAAUACGAUUUAAUUCAUUGCGCUCAGCAAAAAUGAAGAUGCAAUAUGCAUAUAGCCUGCUGGCUAAAUGUGCAACGCUGCCCAAGAUCAUGUGCACUUGUGGUAUUUUGCUUUUCGCUCUCAAUAUUUUUGCUCCCUUUUCAUAGAUCACUACAGGGAAAAACUCUUUGUUUUUUUCAUAUUUUCGCUAGAUUCCAAGGUGUUAUACAACACAAAUAGCGAAUAUUCCUAUUCGUGCAAUGUUGCGAGAUUUUGCAUUCGGUGAUAUAGAUAUGCUCUAUUCAACUUGGUUAAUGCCUCAUUGAAUAGAGCAUCUUUCUUUCACCUCAUGCCAAAUCUCGCAUUAUCGCACUCAUGCCUAUUCGCUAUUUGCAUAAUGCUAUGUCACAAUGAUUCAACAUUGGCUGAUUUCUACAAUUGAUUGCAUUAAUCAGUCGUAAAAUCAGCCGUACAAUCAAUCUCUAAACCUUAAUGUGACAGGGCCCAAGUCUUUUCAUUGUAUAAUUUCAAGUAGGGUGUUGGCGUUGGUGUUGAAAUUUGGAUUGCUUCCCCUAGCUCCAAAACUUAUUCAGAGUUUGUAAAACUGAUCCAGAUCACAUUAUUGACAUCUCAACAAGUAGUGAGUGACUUUUUGAGACCAUCUUCAUUUUAUGUUUGGUGUUAUAAUCGUGUAAAAAUUGACCUAACACCCAACACCAAGAGGUCAACACUGAACUUGAAAUCACCCAUUGUAUUUUACUAGUAUGUGGCCGUGAUUGUAUGAUUUCAAGCACGGUGUUGGCCUUGGUGUUGGUGUUGAAAUUUGGAUUGCUUCCCCUAGCUCCAAAACUUAUUCAGAGUUUGUAAAACUGAUCCAGAUCACAUUAUUGACAUCUCAACAAGUAGUGAGUGACUUUUCAGGACCAUCUUCAUUUUAUGUUUGGUGUUAUACUCGUGUAAAAAUUGACCUAACACCCAACACCAAGAGGGCAACACUGAACUUGAAAUCGCCCAAAUUGUAUUUUAAUAGUAUGUGGCCGUGAUCAGAAAUGACAAAAUGACAUGGCAACAUUAGCAAAAUUUCUUAUAAAUGGUCAAGUGUUUUAUUGGUAAUGUCUAGGCCCUCUUACACAAAGGUUUUUUAUCAAUCACAAAAAUUACAGUGGCCAAUGAAGGUCAAUGUUUCAAUAUUAUUUUCUUAAAAGCACUCAUAGAUAUCAAUCAGAAAUGUCAAUUUGCCAAUUAGCAAUCAAUCUCAAACUUUUGUGAUAUUGUAUUGUACCCUUGAAUGCUUGGGUCCUAAUUAGAGAGUUUCUAUUCAUUUUCAUGUAUUAACAACAUAUGUCAUUUCUAAAAGUUAUUUCAUAUUAUGCCCUAAACAUUAAUCUUAUUUUAUAUAUAAAGUUAUCUCGUUGUAAAGUUAUACAUUUUUUUCAAAGAAUAUUUUAAGUUUGGUCUCCAAAUACGAUGGGGCAUUAUUUACAUUUCUAUAUUCCCAUUUUAGUAACAUUAUACACGAUGAUAUAAUAUUCAAUUUAUGAACAGUUACAAAAUCUACCAAAUUUACAUAAACUCUUGAGUACUUUUUAUAUUUUUCUAUUAAUGAAGCAUUCUUCAGAUUUAUUAAAUUUUUUACCA